AUGUCGAUUGCUCUCAAUAACUUCCCGGUCACCAAGUCGAAUCUUGCUGCUAUAGUAAAGGUGAUCCGCAAGGAAGUCAACGUCGUCAAGCUUCUGGAUGAUGAUGGCACUCUAACCCACAAAAUCAAUCUCACAUCAAAGAGUGCAUUCUGGGCGACCAAGUCAACAGUUCUCCUCCAGCAACUCCCACCGUCGACAACCCGGAACAGUCACUUUUCCAAUUUCUUUUCCGGAAUCUUCGUCACCGCAGCCAAUAUGUCGGACUCGAAGUCUGUUGGCCAGACGAAGAAGUUUGGAAAGGGCGAGAGAGUGAUCCCGCACCAGAAGGCACAGAAGUGGUAUCCCACGACUGAUGAGCCCCAGCUGAAGAAAGUCAGUAUACGCCUCUACCUCUGUUUUGCAAUUCUGCGGCCGUCAUGUUUGUGUGUGUGCGCGCACCCGCGUAUCAAGCCUGGAGAUGCCUCGAAGCGCAUUGAAACCGAAACCAGCAACGCGACUCGCAAGACCGCUCAUCCUGCGAAGGUCCGUCCCAGCCUUCAACCGGGAACCAUCCUCAUCCUCCUCGCUGGCCGUUUCCGCGGAAAGCGGGUUGUCUUGCUCAAGCACCUCGACCAGGGUGUGCUUCUCGUUACCGGUCCUUUCAAGCUCAACGGUGUUCCCCUCCGACGAGUAAAUGCCAGAUAUGUGAUCGCAACCAGUUUGACAAUCGACUUGAAGGGUGUGGAUUCAAAGACCUUGGAGAAGGCAUCCCAGCCUGAUUACUUCACUCGCGAGAAGUCCGCCGAGAAGAAGGGUGAAGAAGCUUUCUUCAAGAACGGACAGAAGCCAGAGAAGAAGAAGGUCGCCAGCGCACGCGCCGCCGACCAAAAGGCCAUUGACCAGACUCUUUUGGCCACCAUCAAGAAAGAGCCAUUCCUCGGCAGUUACCUUGCCUCCACUUUCAGCCUGCGAACGGGCGACAAGCCUCAUGAAAUGAAAUGGUAG